CUGAAUCAGGAUUUAUUGCACAAUGCGCGAUCUAUUAUUGUUCCUAAACCUAUGACUAAAAGACGAAAAAUUUUCUACAAAUGUUUCAGAUUUGGCAGUUCCCCCCCCUAACGUUGUAUUUAUUGAAACAUAAAUUUAAAAUGUGAUUUUGAUUUGGCAACACCAAGUUUGUGUCGUCUGAUAUUUGAAUUUGCGAGAAGUCUUCUUUUAUCCGAUAUAAUAAAGGAUUAUAAUAUUUUCUUUUUACUUUAUUAAUUAUUCUUAACUAAUUUUUCAGUUUACAAUAUGCGACGUUUAACAAUUUUUCGACUGAUAAAAAGAACUACAUGGUAUAAAGGUUAUAUUCGAAAAUUUCAUACAAGCAUGCUUGUGAAUGAUCAAAAGUUAGGUAACUCUCGUCCAGACUUAAAGGCUAUGCUGGUAAAUUCUGCUUCAUUCUCUGAAAAAAAUGCACCAGAUGAUGAGUGGAUUACUCCUGUUUAUCCUGCGAAAAUAAAAACAAGAGAUCAGUCUAAACAUGCAAUACGACCACAAGUUGAUCCGCGUACUACAUGUGUAGUAUUGUUUCCUGGUCAGGGAACACAGUAUGUUGGAAUGGCAAAGUCUUUAAUAUCAUAUCCAAAUGUGAAAGAGAUGUUUGAAUGUGCAAGUGAUAUUCUGAGGUAUAAUUUACUGGAUCUGUGCUUAAAUGGACCUCAGGAUAUGCUAGAUAUGACGGUUCAUUCACAAGUUGCUGUAAUGGUAGCAUCUCUUGCUGCAGUUGAAAAAAUGAGAGCUGAAGCUUUGCAGAUGGUAGAAAAUUGUGUUGCUACAGCUGGCUUCAGUGUUGGAGAAUAUUCUGCUUUAGUUUUUGCUGGAUCUCUAGAGUUUGAAAGUGCUAUUCGACUGCUCAAAAUUCGAGGGGAAGCGAUGCAAGCUGCAUCGGAAUUGAAACCCAGUGGGAUGAUGACUGUAUUUUUAAGCAAUAUUGCUAAAAUCAAGCAGGCAUGUGUAACAGCAAGAGAAUGGUGUGAACAACAGGGUAUAAAUGAUCCAGAGUGUAAAGUAGCUAUUUAUAUGUUUCCCAAUUGCAGAGUCAUUUCUGGUCAUCUAGAGGCUUUGAAGUUUUUGGAACUCCAUGCUGCAGAGUUUGGAAUUACAAAAAUCAAAUACAUACCAGUUAGUGGAGCAUUUCACUCAAAACUCAUGCAACCAGCUAGAAAGGUUUUAGAUAAAGCUCUGAAAGCUACCAAAUUUGAAAUGCCUUUAAUUCCUGUUCAUUCUAAUGUUGAUGGCAAACCCUACACAACUGUUGAAAAGAUACGGGAAAAUCUUGCAUUACAAUUAUGUAAGCCAGUGGCUUGGGAACAGACUAUGCAUGUCAUAUUUGAAAGGGCCCAAGGAACAGCAUAUCCUAAUGUAUUUGAGUGUGGACCUGGAACAUCACUGAAAGCUAUAUUGCGGUAUAAUAACGGAGAAGCAAGUAAAUAUUUUACUAGUAUAUUAGCUUAGUUCUGACCUAUUGUCAAUAAAACUAUUUUAACAGAA